UCAUUCAAAAUUGUUCAAUCUCUAACUACCUGCUGCAGCAACCGACUCUUUGCUAUUGAACAUUUUGUGUGCCUUCUCUCAUGCAAAAUAUUUACGAAACUUGUGCCAUUGAAAUUUACGUUUACCAUUCUAACCAUCAUGAGUCGAAAUGGUCUUUACAAAAUGUCGGGUUUAAGAUGUGUAAAUUCUGCUAAAGCCCGAGCUCAAAGAAUAGAUGAGCAAAAUGGAAAUCGUCGUACAGCCCGGCAAGCCAAGAAUGAUGCUAAAAGAGGUCUUGCAGAAAUUGACCCAAAUGUUUUGAAUGCCAGUAAAAAAAAUUCAAACGUGACUACUGAGCUUACCCAUCAACAAAAAUUACAAGAGAGGUUAGCUAGGCUACAAAUAUGGCGUCAGGAGAAAAAAGCAUCUGAAGAAAAGGCAAGAGCAACCAAGAAAGCACCCUUUUUAGUGCCAGGUGUUUCAAAGGUUAAUAAAGCCAUGGUUGAGAUAACUCAUUCAGCAAAAGUGGCCACCACGAGAGUCACUCGGUCACAGGCCAAAAAACCUGUGGAACCAGUAAAACAAUGGACUGUCACAUCAAAUGAUUCUUUGUCAGGGAAAAAGAAACCUAAAAAUGCAAAGAAAGAAAAUGAGGCACCAAAGAGUGAGAAAUCAUUUGCCCCAAAAGGAUUUGUUUUUACUGCACCCAAAGAAAUAUCACUGAAAUCUCUGGAGAUACAAGAUGCAAUUAAUGUGCAAAAUAAGGAUGCUUGCUCUAAAUCUGGAACACCACAAAGGACAAUGUCCUCUGGUGCUGAAAAUGAAGACAUCAAAAUCUCACCACUUGUGGUUAACCAUCCUUGGAUUUCUACUACAAGAGGUUCCUCAUCCAAGAAGCAAAGAAUGAGCAUGGAAAUAUUUGCCAACCAAGAGCCUCUGUCUUCUCCAGUUCUGAAGAAGAGAUAUGCCAGCGAGAGAAAGUCUGUGGUGGAACUUAGCAACCCGGAUGCCGUAAAGUUUCGAGCCCUCAUGGCAAGUGAAGGAACGCGCCUGACAGAUCUUUGCAAUAGUUAUGAACAACUCCUGGCAAGUGGUGAUAUUCCCGAAGAGGAAACCGGUUCGGUUCGCACCGUUAUUGGUCAAGCCCAUCUUCUGCAGCGAGAGCGAUUUACCCAAUUCGCAGGCCUCGUUAAUCAGUUUGAAAGUAAAACUGGCGAAAAAGAAAUCACAGCAACCGAUUUAGAAGGAUUUUGGGAAAUGAUUUAUCUUCAGGUUUCAGAUGUCGAUAAAAAAUUUGAAGAAUUGGAAAAACUGAAGGAAAGUGGUUGGAUACGUACUGAGGAUACACCAGAACUGAGCAAAAAGCUUAAAGUUACCACUAAAAAGAAAGCUCCCAUUGCUCGCCCAGCCAAAUCGAACAUGCGGGCUCUUAUCGCUGCGGCCCGCAAAAAACAACUAGCAGAGAAAAGCUGUGGAUCGCCCUCUGUUAAAAGGAGAAGUUCUCUUCUGAUGUCUCCUGCAAGAACGCCGGGAAAACGGCAGUCUCUGAGACGAUCUGUUUUAUUAAAUUCUGCCAAAAAGCCUGUAUUCAUCGUAACAGAAAUCGCACCUUCUGAUGUAGAAGAACCAGUUAAGGAUGAUGGUGCAGUAUCCGAGAACGUCACUCCUGGUCGGAAAAAGACCUACAGCCGACAAACGGAACAUGCAUUUGAUUCCGUAAGCGCAGAAGAACGUUUGUCAGUAGAAUUUGAUACUUUGAAAACCGACCCAGAAUCAUUUGACUGUGUGACGCCCCUUAGAGUUUUCCGUCCUCCCCGUGAAACCAAACCUUCAAAUGUUCAACUACAAAUCGGAAACGACGCACCUGAAGUAGAAGAAAACGUCUUUUGUAGCCCACGUCGGAGCACUAGAAUUCGUGGUCUCAAUAGCAGCAGAGUUAUCCCGAUGGGGCGAGCAAGCCUCCUUCCAACUACCUCUAUUUCGCCCGUUACGCCGAGUGAGAAUUUAAUCUCAUUCGAUUGAAGCAAUGAAAACUUAAGUGUUCAAAUAUUAUCCGCGUGUGUUUCCCAUCUUAAAACUGUGUUUGCCGCAUGUGCUUUGUCUUUCUCUCUCUUUUUUUAUUUUUGCCUAAAACGGACGCGUUUCAUAUCGCUUCUGUUUGUCUUCCAUCAAAGUAAAGUGUGAAAAUAACUGGACGAAAAAUAAAGUGAAUACGUAUGUAA